AUGAGGGUCCCUCCCGGGCUGUGUGCAGUGAGCCGGUGCCCCCCGAGUGCCAGCGACCAGGCGGAGAGGCACCGGGCCUUGGCAGAAGUGAGCCACGGGGCACAGUCCCGGAGCGAGGCCGGGCCUGCGGGAGGGUCUUCUUGCUGGGCUCCAGCUGGACCGGAGGAGGUGGACCCUCGGGACUCGAACGGACCCCCGAGCCCCGCAUCGCCUGUGCUUUCAUCGGCAGAGGUGUCACUGAGCGCGGUGGACGCUCCCUUCCGCUGUGUGCUUUCCGUGCGGUGUAUCCACAGGAACAAGCAGUGUGUGAAGCCGGGUCUCAGGCUGCUGGCCCGUGAGGAAGAGCCGAGAGGGCACCAGGGUGCCAGGAGCAGGUGGAAGGGCCUGGGCACGGUCACCCUCCCCGCCCAUGGUCCCACCAGGGACCUGUCCACCUUCACGUUCCUGGUGCCCCCGCCGCACACAAGGCCCAAAGCAGAGGGAGCUGCAGAGAACCGACCCUUUUCUCUGAAACCCGAGCUGGAGUCUGGGGCCACGCACGCAGGAGCAAGUUCUCAGGCACGUCCAGUCUUUUGUGCAUUGGGACAAAAGGGAUGCUGUGGGAUCGAAAGAGCUCACUUGUGUCAAGGUCCAGGCACGCAGCUGGCGCUUAACGAGGAUGGCGUGGUGACCCCUCGUGGGCUGCUACCUUCCUGCUUCUUCCUGGCAGCCCCCAGCCGCGGUCCUUGGGACACGAAGUGGACUGAGUCACCACUUCCAGAAGGCGGGGAGCACUGGACCCUGUUCCCGAGAUUCUGCAUCAGUAGGUGCUACGGCGUGGUCCCUUCCGUCCUCCUGAAAUUGCCCUGCAGCACGACCCCACUGGUCCGCUCACCAUCCAAUGCACCCACUUCAGUGCCCAGCGCACGUGUGGACUUAGGCCCCGCUGGAAACGCAUCAGAACAGCGAGAGGAGGCUGCAUCUCUGUCCAGCGGGGAGAGACUGGGAGGCAGCUGUCACGAAGGCCCAGGCACCCCGGCUCGGCUCUGCCAUGUAAACUUCUCCCAAGUGGGGCCCCAGCUCCCACUGGCUCUAACGAUGGACAGCUCGAUUUGGGGGAAACGUCAGGGCCAGCGGUCAGAGUGUCGCCGUGCUGCAUCUCCUCAGUCACGGUGGGGCUUGCCUGCGAGGCUGACACCACCUCUGUGUCACCAGCCAGGACACGGAGAUGCCGGGAGGUUACGGGCUCCCCAGCCCUGCAAGCAUUCCCCACCCACCCCCGUCCCAGAGAGUGCCCAGGGAGCUCGUGUUUCCUGCCCCGAGAGGUGUCCACCAGAAGCAGAUGAGCGGUCCAGCUGCGGGUUCGGUGGAGACGGGCAGCUGCGGGCGCCCCUGCGCGCGGGCGUUCUGAGCAGGCAGGACCUCGGAGCUGCCCGUGGGUUCAAGCGAAGGUGGCCAGCGCUGCCCUCUCCUGAAUCACGUCUGCGCUUUCAAGCCAGAGGAAAGCCGUGUCCCCCGGCUGGGCCUGGCUACAUGGCCACCCCGGGGCGUCAGGAGGAGCUGGUCAGCCCUGGGGGAAGAUGACGUUUUUCCAACGGGAGGGACAGCGGGGGCUGCCCCGGUGGCCCACCUCUUCCUCUCAGAGGCCUUGAAGGCCUGCAGGGAGGCCGGGAGUGCUCACACCUGCUGGCCAUCGGUGGGGGCAGGGAGGCGAGCACCAGAUUUCCUUCCUGCUACAUUUGAAAUGGGGCUUUCGUCCAUCACCGAGAAGUCUUCACAGGGCACCUGCUCUGGGCCCAGCCCAAACGGGGCCAGCACUGAGGAGAUGCAGGUCACAGCUGCACUGCCCUCAGUGUGAUGCCAGCCACGUGUGAGGCAUGCUUUCCAGCAGUCUCGUUGAAAAAGUAAAAGCACAGGGAGAUCAGCUCGGUGCUUUGUGACCA